UGGACUGGUUUAAAGGUCCAAUAAAAUUCGCUAAGAAGUUUAAAAUCAAGUAUCCCCGUUUAUAAGGGAAACCCCAACUCGACUCCACUGAAAUCGGCGAGAUAUGGCUACCGAAGAGGAAUCGAUAGAACAAGCAGCUGCGUCGCGUCGAGAGAGGCUUAAGGCUCUUAAAGCAGCUCAGGAACUAUUGAAUGCCCCAGAUGAAGAUUCUGUUCAAGCUGCUGAGAAUCAAACGGAUGAAACCAAUGAAGAAGACAACCCUAGCAUGAAGUUCCGUAACUACGUACCUCAUGAUAAACAGCUUCAGGAGGGUAAGGUUGCUCCUCCCGUGCUGCCGAAGUUUGAAGACCCUGGUGCAGCAGCACCUCCAGCACCUGAAGAAAAGAGGAUCCAUUUGUCAACAUUGCUCCCAAGAAACCAAACUGGGAUCUUCGAAGGGAUGUGCAGAAGAAGCUCGAUAAGCUUGAAAGGCGAACACAGAAGGCAAUAUUCAAACUUAUGGAGCAACAAGAGCAAGAAAACCAGUUGGAUGGAGGAGGAAAUGCCAUUGAAGAUUAGAACUCGAUAUCGAGAUGGUAUUUUUCAAACCGAGUUGUAUGAGUCCCUGUCCGCCAAAUCUUGUAGUCUUUCACCAGAAUUCUGAAAUUGUAACAGAAAUCAAUACCCAAUUAGUGUUUUACUUUUCCCAUGGGUCAUGGACAAGUGGCUUUAUCUUGUAGGUAUAAACGAACCCUCAAAACUUGACCAAUUACAAGGGU